AUGUACAGAUUCAGCAACACAGUGAUUGGAGUCUUAAACCUCCUCACCUUACUAGCUUCAAUACCGAUCAUAGGAACCGCUCUAUGGAAGGCAAGAAGCAGCACAACGUGCGAGAACUUCCUACAAACGCCGCUACUCGUUGUAGGAUUCAUCAUACUCUUGGUAUCGCUUGCGGGUUUCAUAGGAGCCUGUUUCCACGUGGCAUGGGCUCUUUGGGUGUACUUGGUGGUCAUGAUCUUCCUCAUCGCAACUCUGAUGGGUCUAACGCUGUUUGGUCUGGUUGUGACGAGCCAAGGAGGUGGCGUGGAAGUCCCAGGGAGGGUUUAUAAAGAGUAUAGGCUUGGAGAUUAUCAUCCAUGGUUGAGAGAGAGAGUUAGAGAUCCUGAGUAUUGGAACUCCAUCAGAAGCUGUAUCUUGAGUUCCAAGACUUGUACUGAUAUCGAAUCUUGGACUACACUUGAUUAUUUCCAAAGAGACAUGUCUUCUGUUCAGUCGGGAUGUUGUAAGCCACCGACGGCGUGCACGUACGAGGCCGGAGUGGUUGAAGGAGGAGGAGAUUGUUACAGGUGGAACAACGGAGUGGAAAUGUUAUGCUACGAGUGCGAUGCGUGCAAGGCUGGUGUUCUCGAGGAGAUUCGUCUUGACUGGAGAAAACUGUCGGUGGUCAACAUUCUGGUCCUAGUCCUCCUCAUCGCCGUCUACUCCGCCGGUUGCUGCGCCUUCCACAACACUCGCCACGCCGCUUAUCCUUAUCAUCCUUCCGACGAGAACCGCAUGACCAAAGUCCGUCCUCGUUGGGACUAUUACUGGUGGAGAUGGUGGCACGAAAAGAAAGAGCAGCUUUACUGA